UUGUUUGUUAUUUUGUGUCGUGUUAAAAAAGAUUUGCCAAAGAACAAAAAGUCAAGAAGAUAAGAUACAAAGAGGGAAGACAAAGGAUUUAUACAAGUGAUCAAUACCAACGUCAUUCUACAAACAUCUCCAAGAUCAAAGGAGAAAAUACUAACAGACGAUUAGAAAGGGAGAUAGAAAAAAGCAAAAUGUCAGCUAUUAUGGAAUGGUACAAAGAUUUUAUGUACAAUAAAAAUGAUCCUAGAACGAAAGAUUGGUUUCUAAUUACUGGACCAGGUCCUAUAAUAACGAUUGUGGCUACUUAUAUAUAUUUUUCUUUAUACGCUGGACCAAGAUAUAUGAGGGACAAAAAACCAUACAAUUUGAAAAAUACUCUGAUAGUGUAUAAUUUGAGUCAAAUAUUUAUCAGCAUUUACAUCUUUAACGAAAGUUUGAUGGCAGGAUGGGCAGGCCAUUACAAUUUCUAUUGUCAACCAAUCGAUUAUUCGGAUAAUCCAUUGGCAAUGAGGAUGGCACGUGGUGUUUACACUUACUUCAUAUGCAAAUUGAUCGAGCUAUUGGAUACGAUAUUUUUUGUUCUAAGAAAAAAAGACAAACAAAUAUCAUUCUUACACGUUUAUCAUCAUGCCAUAAUGCCUGUGGCCAGUUGGAUAGCUGUUAGAUGGUUACCUGGUGGUCAUGCAACAUUUAUUGGUGUUAUCAACUCGUUCAUACACAUCAUCAUGUACUCUUAUUACUUACUAUCUACACUUGGACCACAAAUACAACCCUAUCUUUGGUGGAAAAAAUAUCUUACAAGUUUGCAAUUAAUACAAUUCGUAUUAGUAGGUAUUCACGGAAGUUUUAUUUUAUUCAAUGAUUGCAAUUUCCCCAAAUUUCCGAUGAUAUUGUUGAUAAUCAACGCUUUCGUUUUUAUUUAUCUAUUCGGCUCGUUUUACGUUGAAACUUAUAGAAAAAAAUCAGUCAAAGUUGAAAAUAAAAAUGAAUUGAAUAACACCGAAACGAUACACAAUAAAUCCGAUUGAGAUUAUAUCUGC